AUGGGAGAUCCUCUUUGUGAGCGUGGCUGUGGUCGUCAGCGCUUCCGGCACUUCACAACCUGUUGCACACAUUGCAAGGGGCCUGACGGGAGUCAUGCGCGGGACUGCAACGCCAGAAGCGCAGGACUGGAAGAUGGUCCCGCUUGGGCUCGGCCAGACUCUGUCCCCGAAGGAUUCUGCAGGGAGGGCUGCGGUCGAAAGGCAGCGAGUGGAUUGAAGUCUUGCUGCAAGAGCUGCCCCUUCCUUGUCGAGAAGUAUGGUCGACCCGGUCACGACUGCAAUUGUGACAUUCAGCAUGAUGGAGGAAUGACUCCUCCUUGGUACUGGCGCGUCAUGAGCAAGCCAAGCAGAGAGGCAGCGUUUCACGAAGAGGUGGAAGGACACUACAUCCAGACCUUGGGCACCAAGCUGGUCCAGCAGACAUUGCCCACACGGCGAGUGGUGAAGUGUUUGCGCGUAGAGGAUUCACUUCUUUGGGAUGCAUACGCGAAGAAGCGCGCUGAAAUUCGCGCACGCGCCCCACCACAACUGGACUUGAAGCCGGAAACCUACCUGCAGCUGUCCUACUCUGCUUUGAGCACGUUGGACACAAAGGUCAAUGAAGUGUGGCUUUUCCAUGGGACCAGCGAAGAGGCUGCAAAGUCCAUUUGCAGCAGCCAGUUCAGACUUCCCACCUCGGCGUGCCAUGGGUCCUUGUUUGGCAAGGGGGUUUACUUUGCAGAUCGGGCGGAGAAGAGUCACCAAUACACCACCAAGAACCACCAGAACCUCCGUGUGAUUAUGCUCUGCCGAGUGAUCCUGGGACACGUGCUGGAGCUGUCGACGAGAACGGAUUCCAGGGCACAUGAGACCAUAGAGGGCACAGACUACACCUGCGUGCUUGGCUGUGCUGACGGAACGAACAAGGAGUUCGUUGUGUUCGACGUUGCUCAGGUCUACCCUGAAUACCUCAUGUUCUAUUCAAAGCCUGGCGGUGAGCCUACUGAUUGUAUUGGUACACGACCGUGGCUUUGUGUGGAUGAAGAGCUGCUUGACAACGUGCAGGAACUUGUUGUUUUGACAAAUGGCAGGUUCUGGGAGUUGAAGCUGGAUCUGAGGCCCUACGCGGCCGGGAACCCCAUGACGAAGCAGCUUUCAGAGGUCUUGGGCCUCCAAGCGGGAGCCAGUAGCGCCGCCACGCGGCGGGCGUACCAUUGCCUGGCAUUGCUCCACCAUCCCGACAAAGGCGGCGAUGAUGCAGUCUUCAAAGCGAUUGCGGAUGCAUAUAAAGCUUUGACAGAGGCAAAGACCGAAGAAGGUGGCUGGCGAGACUUGGAAGGCCAGGCCGUUGGGCCGUGGCAGGGCCAUGCCCCCACCGCUACAAAGGGCAUCACUUGCAUGCUCUUCGACACCUUUGGGACCCCUCCGUGGGAAAGCAGAAGGCUCUACACUGGGCUCUGGCCUGAGUGUUUGAGGAGUGCGUUCGAUGUUGGGAGCUUUCGAAAGGAGAGCCCGGCAAGACAAAGCCUCCACCUCGUUUGGUGGGUGAAAUUGCCGUGGGUGGAUUCAUCAAUGAUGUUGCGGCCAUCUCGCCCUUUGGCCUUCUGA